ACGUCCUGAGCGACUACCAGGAGAAGAUAUACAAGCUCUCCGUGGAGAUCGCCGGCAUCAAGGGCCACGUAGACCAGGUAACGCCCCAGCACCAGCACCAGCAGCAGCCCGCGGACGGCCAGUGGCUUUAGACCCCCCAAACGUUUAAACCGCCCGCCGACUCCAUGGCCACCGCGCCGAGCCUCGGCGUCAACGCGACGACGUGGAUUCGCGGCGCCGACGCGCGCGUCACCGGCUCCGCGUCGCCGCAUAAGGCGCCCAUCUCCCCUUCGUCGUCAUCGUCUCGCAUGACCGCGGAGAGCUGCGUCAACGUCCUCUUCGACGACGACGCGGAGGAUCGCCGCGAGGUGAUGGCCGCCGCGGGAGUCGAGGAGUUGAUCGAUCGAUUGCCCGACGCGCUGUUCGGAUUCGACGACGACGCCGAGGAGCUCACCCCGUUCAAGGCUGUGUACGGCAGCGCGCCGGAUAGAUCACCGCCGGACUUUGGCGGUCGCGGGGCCUUGAUCGGGGGUGCCCGCAGGCAGAGCGUGAACCUCGUCGACCCUGGCAAAUACACGCCCCCCAAUCGGCUCAACGGCGGAGUCCCGCCCCGGUCACCCCCCCGCAGGAACCGACGCGACUCCAACAGGCACCAAAACCCGAAGAAGAACGUCAACCCCGCGCCGGGUUUCAACGGCGCCGGGUUCCGCAGCGUCCGCGAGAUUUACUCGUCCAAGGUUCACGACUACCUCUGCGCAAAGGCGAUCGAGGGGAGCCCUUGGGUGACCUUGGUGAAGCUCGCGAUCGACCUCGAGAAGCCCCUGACGGUGCCGGAGAACUACGCCAAGUUCUUCAAAUCGCUCCCGGAGAUGUUCGAGCUGUCGAUGGAUGGCAAGUACGUCGCGGCCAAGCUCCCGGGUGAGGACCACGCGGCUAUUCCCCCUCCCCCGGGUUCCUCGAUAUCCUCCGGGCAGUCCUCGCCGGCGGAGCUGUCGUCGUCACCCGCGAGCGACGAGUUCACCCUGGUCACCUCGCGCAAGGGACGAAGAACGCGGAACGAUGCGCAGCCUCAGGCGCGGUCGCUCAGCCCCGGGUCCACCGGGAGCGCGGGGAGCAGCGGCGGCGGAUCGGCGUCGUCGAAACCGUGCCAGUUUUUGUCAAAGCCGGGGGGAUGCCGCAUGGGAGACGCCUGCAGGUUCUCGCACGACCUCGGGGACUCGUCGGGGAAGCCGCCGAGGCCGGGGACGUUCGGUGCGGCUCCGGCGUGAGCCAUAAUACGACCCCGCGGGGCGAACGGUAGCAGCACCUCUGCUGGUUUCGUCUGCGGGAAGGUUAAACUUUCUUUUCCAUACGUAGCGCGUGUACAUACGUAACAUCGAGUCGAUCAAGUCAUCGUAGGCGUUGGUGUUAAUGAAUGAAUCGUCAUUU